AUGGCUGGUUCAAAAGCUGUCGCUCUUUUAUUCCUUUUGGUUAACCUAACCACGGCCUCUGUUAUUCCACGCGGACAGGCAUCGUCGUCGGCGGUAGCUGCCAGUGCGAGUGCGAGCGCUGAGGCUUCCUGUUGGCGUUACACCCUCCCUACCACUCUCACUGAAGAUGAUAUUGAACAAAACGAGGAUGACACUACCUCAUCGACCAGACGGCGGGGUCUGAACUACUUUGAUCGCCGCGAUCAUACCAAAACCGAGAAGUUGGGUAAAUGCGAUCUGGGGCAGACAAUCUACAAACCCAAAUACUUUCGUUCAAAGAAUAUCCAAAGUGGGCAAACCAAGGCCAGCGGUUAUAGCUUCCUUGGUUAUUUUAUUCCCAAAUUGGAUUCCUGUGAAGCUGCAGUCACUUUUACGACAAUCGCCAAUGCAGCUGACGUCCCGAAAACGACGGCUGGGUACUGGGACGAUGUUGAGACGGACUCUCUGCAAAACUACCUCGACUUGGGCGCACAAAUCAACAAGAAUAACCAGGAGAUGCCUCACAUUAACGUGGAUCAUGUUUACGAGCUCCAAAUCCUAGACGCCUUCCUGGCGGAUAUUAUCGAAGAGUACAAUUUCUGCGACAGUUUCAAAGAAUGGUUCCUCACAAUCGAUACAACCUUCAAGAACAAACAAGGAGUGAAUAAACCCCGGCUCCAGAAGCUCUACAGUUACUUGCCUGGGGAAACAUACCCGGAGCUGGUGGCCAUGGACAGUCGUCUCAACUCUUACAAGGCGCCGAUGUUUGGGACUACAGCAUUGAGCGGCAUGGCUGCGGUAGAAGGCACUGGGGAUGCCCGCCAGAGCAGUGCACUGAGCAUCAUGAACACACUGGCAGUCGUUGUUUCAAUGCUCCGCGACAACAGCGUUGCUACCUACUUCAAGGACACCAACACCCGGAUGUUCAAAGCUUUCCUUGGCAUUGACACUCUCAUGAACCAAGAUACCUGCAACUCAAACCUCCCAAAGCCUAAGGACGGAUGGGCAACCGCGUAUAAGAGUUGGAUGAAUAAAUUCAUGACUGAGCAAGCAAACGCAGUCUCGUCCCGUAUCUCCUCGGUUUCGGCACAAGUCACUAGCACGGCGGAUGCUGCCGGGGUCAAGAACAGCUAUGGCAAAGCGCUGGAUGCGUUUAAUGCGAAGUACCCGACUGCGUCAUGGAAAUGGGACGAAAACCAGUUGCUGGACUGGAGUGCAACUGAUGGUACUGCCUUUGCCAAGCGCGGUGCCUCGUCGGCGGCUGUCUGCACACCCACUGCCACCCCAUCCUCUUCGGCAGUGAAGUCCCAUUCUGCUUCCAGCAAGGCCACGCCGAGCCAAACUGCGGGCGCAACCACAGCCUCUGAGACGGCUUCGCACACGGUCAAGUCUACAGUGACAUCGUCUUCGCAGAAGGCGACGAUCACGCCCGCAACGAGCACUUCCACCAAAGCCGAGACUACAACCAAGAGCAAGCACAGCUCUGGAUCUGCCGAGGCAGCGCAGACCACCAAGUCCACUAGCGGCAAGCCGAAGGACACCGCUAGCGCAACGACGAAGUCCAGCUCGUCGUCCGCCAAGGAUACCGCGACCAUCACCAGUACCAAGACCACAUCGACGGCUACCCCUGAUUCGCACGAUACGAGCACCAAGGACACCUCGACCAAGGAUACCACGACCACCACUUCGACUUCCACUAAGACCAAGGAAACCACCACCUCUACUAAGACUUCUACCACGACCAAGAGCACAAAGACGGCUACUAAAACUACUACCAAGUCUUCGGAGGAGACCAAGGAUUCCUCCUCCUCCUCUUCGUCUUGCAAGAAGAAGAAGUGUAAGAAGGGUAAAUGCACCUGCGUGUCCUAG